GAAAAUUAGUGAAAAUACUAUAAGAAACUGCUGGAGAACUACUAAAAUUAUAUCAAAAACAAGCGAACUAAAGGAAAGUGAAUCAGAUAAUGAACUUCAAGACAAGACCACUAAUAAUAAUGUUGUUGUUGCUUUGCUACUUAAAGACCUUUCUGCUGAAACUGACCUAGUAGCUCAAGAAUUAUCAAAUAAUAUUGAAGAAUAUAUUCAAAUAAUUGACCAACCAGCCAUGACAGAAGACAUACUAAUAGAUAAAGAUAUUAUUGAAAUAGCUGUUGAAGUAUUAGAGAAAGUUAUAAGAUACCAAAAAGAUCUCAAUAUUGAAAAAGAAUUUGAUGAGAAUGGGUUAAUUAUGUUACAAAAAAAGCUCAAAGAAUGGCAAUAUGAAAAAGAUAAAUCUAAAAAACAAACUUCAAUCUUAUUUUUUUUUAACAAUCCUU